GCGCAGGCCGGGCCCCGCGGCUCUUGAAUGUGCUCCCCUGGGCGCGCAGUGGAGCCAUGCAGAACGCGCGCUCCGAGCAUCCCUUCAAACGGGCCCGACGCGAUGGCAGCCCCACGACCCCGCCAGACCCCCGCACCGCAGCGGCGGACAGGUCCCUGAGCCCCGAACUCCACCCGGACCACCAGACCUGGGACCCCGAGCAGGUGUGCGCUUUCCUCAAGCGCUAUGGCUUCGGGGACCCCGAGCUGCAGACGCGUUUCCGAGAAAAUAAAAUCACAGGUUCACUACUACACUUCCUUGAUGAAUCUCUUCUUGAAAAGCUUGGCGUAAGUUCCCUGGAGGAGAGAAAGAAGCUGCUUCAUUAUAUCCAAAGACUGAGUGAAACUCCAGUUGUUACGAUGAAGGUUAUUAAUGAUCCCAUCCAUGGCCACAUUGAGCUCCACCCUCUGCUCAUCCGAAUCAUCGACACACCCCAGUUUCAGCGACUUCGGUACAUUAAACAGCUGGGAGGCGGUUACUACGUUUUUCCAGGAGCGUCACACAACCGCUUUGAGCAUAGUCUGGGGGUGGGGUACUUAGCAGGAUGUUUGGUUCGUGCGCUGCAUGAGAAACAACCGGAGCUGCAGAUAAGCGAGCGAGACAUGCUCUGUGUUCAGAUUGCGGGGCUUUGUCAUGAUCUCGGCCAUGGACCAUUUUCUCACAUGUUUGAUGGAAGAUUUAUUCCACUUGCUCGCCCAGAGGUAAAAUGGACGCACGAACAGGGCUCUGUCAUGAUGUUUGAUCACCUGGUUGAGUCUAAUGGACUCAGAGAAGUCAUGGAGCACUACGGACUUGUCCCUGAAGAAGACAUUUGUUUCAUCAAGGAACAGAUCAUAGGACCACUUGAAUUCUCAAUGCAAGAGCCUACUUGGACCUACAAAGGGCGGCCUGAAGAGAAAAGCUUCCUCUAUGAGAUAGUGGCCAAUAAGCGCAAUGGCAUUGAUGUGGACAAGUGGGACUAUUUUGCCAGGGACUGCCAUCAUCUGGGAAUCCAAAAUAAUUUUGAUUAUAAGCGCUUUAUCAAGUUUGCCCGUGUCUGCGAGGUGGACAAGAAGAAGCACAUUUGUACUAGGGAAAAGGAAGUUGGGAACCUGUACGACAUGUUCCACACACGCAACUGUUUGCACCGCAGAGCUUACCAGCACAAAGUUGGCAACAUCAUCGACACCAUAUCACUUCCGGCCCUGUGCACUUGGUCCUUGGGCAAAUACUGCCCUUUGGACCGCACAUGGUUGGAUAACAUUUUUCUGGAGAUUUUAUAUUCUACUGAUCCCAAACUGGAUGCAGCACGAGAGAUAUUGAAAAAAAUUGAAUGCCGCCAACUGUACAAGUAUGUGGGUCAGACCCUCCCACCAGUGGGCUGCGAGAAGAUUAAAAGGGAGGACUAUAAGUGCCUUCCGCAGGAGGUCGCCAGUGCGAAACCCAAUGUACUGCUGCAGGCUGAACUGAAGGCUGAGGACUUCAUAGUGGAUGUUUCGCAGCUUCUGCCCGAGAGGUUUGCCGAGCAGCUGAUCCGCGUGUACUGCAAGAAGACGGAGAAGAAGAGUCUGUACGCUGCACAGCAACAUUUUGUCCAGUGGUGCUCAGACAGAGGGUUCACCAAGCCAUAGAAGGACGCUGUGGUAGCCCUACCAUAGCACCUUGGGAAUGGAAGCAGAAUCGCCAGACUUAUCUGGGUGUUUGGGUCCGCACCAAGAAGCAUCCAAGUCCAGAUUCCAACUUUUAAAUUAUUUUCAGGACUGGUACCGUGUGAAUGUAACAAAAGCUCUCUUUCCCCGACACAAUUAGCUGAGAAAAUCCCGUCAGAGGCCCCCAAACGGAAUGUCGUCUAAAGCUUUUAAUUUUGUACUUGGAAUGUACAUGCAUCCUGGAGCUAAGUAACUUUUUAUUUAAAGAAACAUUGGGUAUUAGUUAAAUAUUGCUGUAUGUGCUAUAAAACUCUACCCUUGCUUAUUUUUUUUAUAUUAAUUCAAAUCUUUCUCCUGUAGUCAUCUAUUUUAAUAUACAACUCUUUUCUGUACUUUGAAUUCUUAUGACAAAUGAUUGUUUUGUUUUUCCCAUUGGAAAUGGGACAAGGGUACACAUUGGAAUUUUAAACUGGAAUGGUCUUGAACCACCUGGGUGGGUCAGAAACACAACAUAACAUCCAAACUCAGUCCCCUACCAAAUUCAUUGCCAUCAAGUUGAUUCCAUCGCGUAGGGCAGAGUCAAACUUCCCCUUGGAGUUUCCGAGGCUGUAAAUCUUUAUGGAAGCAGAAAGCCUCACGUUUCUUCCACAGAGUCCCUGGUGGAGUUGAACUGCUGAUCUUGGAGUUAGCAGCUCAACGAGUACCCCACUACAUCACCAGAGUUCCCUCGUGUGACAAUAGCCCUCCUUGGCCAUCUAAAGUAAAUGGAAGACACCUCCCCAGGUGAGCAGUGCCCUGAGCCCUGCCAGGUUGGGGUCAGCAGUAGGAGCGUGGUUUGGGUACAGGUUCCAGGUCUUGGGUGAGAGGCCUGUUAAAGCUGUCAGAGGGUCUACACACUCUUGGCCUCCUCUGACGUGGGUCGUGAGAACACCCUGGGGGAAGAACCACACCCCCCAGUGCUUUGUGCCCAGACUCAAGAUCGAGAAUCUAAAAGGGAGGGAGGUGCUGCGAUGCCUUUAUUUUUGUAGAUCCUGCCUGUGAGUCAUUAUGGUUUACUCUGGAAUUUUGUAGCCUCGGCAUUGUGUCAUUGCCCUGUUUGUGAAACAACUUGAAUCUGUUUGUUUGCCUCUUUUGUGACAAAUAAGGCUGCUGCCCUGUAUGCGCUUGGCAACUGUUUUCAUGAUGAGACCCUGUGCCAUUUACAAGGUUAAGAUGUUCUUGAGCAACAUCUUCACUGUUAGUAUUAAAAAAGGGGGCUCUAACAGCUUAGCCUGUAGAGAUGCUGAA